AAGCACACAUUUUUCUGAGAAAAAAUCCACACCGAGGCCCCCAUACGCUUUCUGCACGGAACAGAACAAGGCCGGCUGCCGGCCAUGGCGGAUACCCCCCCAUCUCCCCACAUCGUCGUCGUCUCAAGCCCUGGCAUCGGCCACGUCACCCCUCUCGCCGAGCUGACGAAGCUUCUCGUUCUCCGCCACCACUUUACCGCCACUAUCGUCACCUUCUCCGACCUCCCCACCUGCUCUCUCCCCUCUUCCAUCUCCACCCUCCAACUCCCCCUCCUUCCCCCCCACAGCCUCCCUCCCCACACCCACUUCGUCACCCGCAUAUGCCUCGCCAUGACUCACUCCAUCCCUUUUCUGCGCGAAAUCCUCAUCUCUGUUACACGAACCACCCGCCUCGCUGCCGUCUUCUUCGACCUCUUCGGAAUCUACUUCCUUUCCAUGGGAAAGAGCGGCAUUCCGACCUACCUUCUUAUAACCUCCAACCUCUUCUACCUCUCCUUCAUGCUCCACCUCCCAGCUCUCGCAGCCACCACCACCGCCGGGGAGUUCAGAGACCUGCCGGAGCCAUUGAAUCUCCCAGGCUGUGUUCCCUUGAAAGGUAAGGAUUUUCUGGAGCCCUUACAGGAGAGGAACAGCGAGGUUUGUGCUGGGGUGAUUCAUCGAGCAAGGCACUUUGAUCUUUUCGAUGGAAUUCUAGUGAACAGCUUCGAAGCUCUGGAACCCGGCGCCGCCAUGUUUCUGAAAAAUAGGGGUGGUGGAACACCUCCGGUUUGGCCUAUCGGACCGCUUAUAUGGUCUGAUUCAAAUGUGGGUUCUGAAAAGCCGUCACAUGAAUGCAUUGAAUGGUUGGAUAAACAGUCCAGCGGGUCUGUCGUUUUCCUCUGUUUUGGCAGUGGUGGUGCUCUCUCAUGGCAGCAGACAAGAGAGCUUGCCAUUGGAUUGGAGAUGAGCGGGCAGAGAUUCCUGUGGGUGGUGCGUGGGGUGAGCGACAUUGGUUCAAGUGAUAGUUUUCUUAACCCAAAUCAUGGAGAAGAUGAAGAUGAUGAUCCAUUGAGGUUUCUGCCCAAAGGAUUUGUAGAGAGGAUAAAGGGGAGGGGGAUGGUGGUGAGAUCAUGGGCGCCACAACGAGAGGUGUUGAGUCAUUUUGCGGUCGGUGGGUUUGUGUCGCACUGUGGGUGGAACUCCACACUAGAGAGCUUGAUGAAUGGUGUGCCAAUGGCGGCAUGGCCUCUUUACUCGGAGCAGAGGAUGAAUGCAGUAUUGCUUGUGGAUGGGGUGAAGGUGGCACUGAGGGUGAAUGUAGGGGAAGAUGGAACGGUGGGGAGGGAGGAGAUAGCGAAGGUGGUGAAGAUGUUGAUGGAAGGUGAGGAAGGGAAGGUGGUGAGACAGAAGAUGAGGGAGAUGAAGACAGAGGCAGCUAUUGCUGAGGGGAAGCAGGGAUCUUCUCACAAUGCAUUGAAGGAGGUGGUCAGUAUUUUAAAGGAUUCAGAUUCUGCCAAACCUAAGUGAUUCUAUUUAUGAGUGUGGAAAUUCAAUUGAUGAA